AUGCGAAGAAGACGAAGAUGUUACAAGAUGCUGCUGUUUUGCCUUGUGAUCGGUGCGUUGGGCGAAGAGGUCGAGGAGGGCUCUGUGCGACUGAUGGAUGGCUCAUGCGAGUAUCAAGGACGAGUGGAAAUCUUUCACAAUGGUGAAUGGGGAACAGUGUGCGAUGAUUCCUUCUCCGAUGUGGAUGCAGCUGUUGUGUGUGCACAGCUUGGAUGGAAUGGUGGCCGAGCUUUUCAGCAAUUUGGUGGAGGAAGCGGGCAGAUAUGGAUGGACGACGUGGCUUGUACAGGAUCUGAGACAUCCUUGAGCCUAUGUUCUUUCUCAGGCUGGGGCAGCCACAACUGUGGGCAUGCUGAAGAUGUUGGAGUUACUUGCGAGGCGUCCGUGACUUCGACAACAUCCCUUCCAGUCAUUGAGGUGGAGGGCUCGGUGCGGCUGAUGGAUGGCUCAUGUGAGUCAGGCCGAGUGGAAAUCUUCCACAAUGGUGAAUGGGGAACCGUCUGCGAUGAUUCCUUCUCCGAUGUGGAUGCAGCUGUUGUGUGUGCACAGCUUGGAUGGUAUGGUGGUCGAGCUUUUCAGCGGUUUGGUGGAGGAAGCGGGCAGAUAUGGAUGGACGACGUGGCUUGUACAGGAUCUGAGACAUCCUUGAGCCUAUGUUCUUUCUCAGGCUGGGGCAGCCACAACUGUGGGCAUGCUGAAGAUGUUGGAGUUGCUUGCGAGGCAUCCGUGACUUCGACAACAUCUUUGCAGUUCGUGGUGCAGGGACGCAUCGCGAUCUUCAACUACCCUGGCCUCAACCUAGGUGUAGGUAUUGGAGAUUGCGGGGAUGAGACUGCGAACUUGCGAAGCAUUGUGUGGACCUGGAGUGCGACUGGCCACAGCAUAGUGGUUGAGGAAGAGAUCACCAGCUUUUCGCAAAGUGAUUUUUCGGAGCGCCUGUGGGCGAGCGAUGUCUUCAUCAUGCCGGAAAUUCAAAUAGCCUUCAUUUUCCCAUCUACCAGCGCGGAGUCUCUGAAGAGUUUUGUGCAACUUGGAGGGACUCUGAUGAUUUUUUCGGAUUCAGGCAUGUCAACUGGUUCUGUCCGUGGCCCGGAUUUCCUGAACUUGAUUUUCGACUGGGACCUGGCCUACGGCACCACCACGGGCGAUCCUUGGAUCUUCAACGACAACUGGGUGUCCUCACGAACUCCGCCGAGCUCGCUCCACAAUCAGAACCGAGUCCAAACCUUUUCCCUGGGCACCACGGGCGCGACCGCGGUGUAUGGCACCAGCAGCAAUGCCGCUGUCUUUCGAAAGGCAGUGGGCAGUGGCCAAGUUUGGGGCCUGGGCUUUGACUUCUUCGAUGCAGGCAAAGCGUGGAACUUUGGAUCUGAAGGCUCUCAUCCGCUCUGUGGCAAUUCGAACACUGCUUGGUCCACACUCUUCGAGAUCAUCCUUGAGGAGGCGGAUCUCAUCUUGAGUGGCGCUUGCAAUGACGAGACGGCCAGCCACAAUGGACGGUGGACCUUCCAGGGGUCAACGGUCUCUGGACGGGCAUACUACAAGCACGAAGACUAUGAGUACUACAUGUACUACGAUCCGCAUUGUGACGGCUCCAUCUCCACCGAAGGCCGCUGGAUUCUGGGUUCCACGGCACCAACAACCACGGCCAGCUCUGAUCUGGAUGAGGAUGGAACUUGCUUUUACCACGCGCGUUACAACGUCGAGGAUCUGACUCCACCGGAGCGUGGUCUUUGGCGCUCCUAUUGCUGGGAGGUUGGACAAGGAUGGAUCGAUGCCGCGAUCACCAUCACCGAAGUCGCUAUCUCCAACAUCAGCACCACCAGCACCGCCACCACCACCUCAUUUCCGACAGCUAUCAGCAACAGCACGACCAAAUCCUCAGCUACAGAGUUCAUCGCCUCGACUUUGUCCACGACAGACUUAACGGUAAUGUCGAACUCAUCAUCCAGUACCAGGACCACAUCCUCAGCUACAGUUACAGACUUCAUCACCUCGACUUUGUCCAGCACAGACUCAACGGUGAUGUCGAACUCAUCAUCCAGUACCAGGACCACGUCCUUUGAUGUAUUGGACUUGGGAACUUCGUCUACAGACUCAGCAGCGAUAUCCAUGUCCAGUACAUCAUCCAGUACUCGGACGGUGACACUUUCUACAACGACAAGCAAAAGGAUCGUGGCACCUAUUGCUCCUACAUUACAAGCUAGCCUGGACAGCAUGGAAACAGCGCCGGAAGCGACAGACGAAGCAAGUGUAUUGAUCCCAGCCUUGGCGGGCGCAGCUUUCGCCUUCUUCGUCCCAAUUUGUGUAUGCGGCUGUGUGUUUGCCAAGUGUUGCAGAGCGAAAGGAUCCCAAGUCGCACCCACAAAACAAGAUGAUGAGGACCUUACCAGCGUGGUUCCGGCGCAGGCAAGGCAAGAUACGAAGACCAAAGCUGACGAAGCCCGCGCGGAUGUAGUAAUAGAUGUCAGUCAGCCAGAUGAAGGCCAAAUCGGUGAAGGAGCCAGGGAGGCCGAAAGAGAAUCCAACCCUGAGCAGGAAGUUGCAGAAGAUAUCGAGGAAGAAGGGUCAGAUGAUGACGAAGGAGAGAGUUCCCUGGAAGAAGUUCAGGAAGACAAGCAGGAAGCUGCAGAAGAUAUCGAGGAGGAAGGGUCAGAUGAUGACGAAGGAGAGAAUUCCCUGGAAGAAGUUCAGGAAGACAAGCAGGAAGUUGCAGAAGAUAUCGAGGAGGAAGGGUCAGAUGAUGACGAAGGAGAUAAUUCCGUUGAAGAAGUUCAGGAAGACAAGCAGGAAGCUGCAGAAGAUAUCGAGGAGGAAGGGUCAGAUGAUGACGAAGGAGAGAAUUCCCUGGAAGAAGUUCAGGAAGACAAGCAGGAAGGGUCAGAUGAUGACGAAGGAGAGAAUUCUGUUGAAGAAGUUCAGGAAGACAAGCAGGAAGUUGCAGAAGAUAUCGAGGAGGAAGGGUCAGAUGAUGACAAAGGAGAGAAUUCCGUGGAAGAAGUUCAGGAAGACAAGCAGGAAGUUGCGGAAGAUAUUGAGGAGGAAGGGUCAGAUGAUGACGAAGGAGAGAAUUCGGAAGAAUUUCUGGAAAGCAAGCAGGAAGUUGAAGAAGAUGUUGAGCUGGAGAGGUUAUCAGAGGAUGAUGGAGGAGAGAAUGCCGGGACAGAAGAAGCUCAGGAAGUAAUGGUAGCGAACGAAGGUGAUGAAUCACCAGAUGCGACUGAAGGUUUGAACCAAUUUGGUGGAUUCCCUUUCAGUGCCAGUGCCAAGCGAGAAGAAUUGAGCAUUGACAAACAGGUACUCGACCAUGCAACAGAGAAAGCUAUGACGCAAGAGCAGAGUUCCGAAGCUGACAUGCUAGAGGUCGAGAAGCCUGCAAGGGAAGUCUCGGAUGAUUGGAAACAGAAGGUGUUGAGCGAUGCAGAUUCUUUGUUCCGGGAUCUGGAUGUGCUGUUCUUUGACAGCUGGGCACGUCCUGGUGUUGAUCUUCAACCUGAGAUCACGGACGUUUGUGACACGUGGAAGCGGAAGCAGCUCAACAGUGGGGAACAUGAGUCACCCCACAUGGCCAUGUGGCUUCAAAGUGUGCUGGAUGAGCUUCAGAAGGUUCUUCAUGCAGAAGCAGGGACUACGGAUGGCCGUAUACAAGGGCAGGCCAACAUCUGGAAACUGCAGCCGCAGAUCGCUGAGAUGUGGCGCUUGCAUUGUGGUGCACCCAUUGCCAUAUCAACAAGCCAGACACAUGAGGUGCCCGACAAGCCUGCAAAAAUGAAAACUCUGACGCCAAAGAAGAGUCCCGUGGCUGACGUGCUAGAGGUCGAGAAGCCUGCAAGGGAAGUCUCGGAUGAUUGGAAACGGAAGGUGUUGAGCGAUGCAGAUUCUUUGUUCCGGGAUCUGGAUGUGCUGUUCUUUGACAGCUGGGCACGUCCUGGUGUUGAUCUUCAACCUGAGAUCACGGACGUUUGUGACACGUGGAAGCGGAAGCAGCUCAACAGUGGGGAACAUGAGUCACCCCACAUGGCCAUGUGGCUUCAAAGUGUGCUGGAUGAGCUUCAGAAGGUUCUUCAUGCAGAAGCAGGGACUACGGAUGGCCGUAUACAAGGGCAGGCCAACAUCUGGAAACUGCAGCCGCAGAUCGCUGAGAUGUGGCGCUUACAUUGUGGUGCACCCAUUGCCAUAUCAACAAGCCAGACACAUGAGGUGCCCGACAAGCCUGCAAAAAUGAACACUCUGACGCCAAAGAAGAGUCCCGUGGCUGACGUGCUAGAGGUCGAGAAGCCUGCAAGGGAAGUCUCGGAUGAUUGGAAACGGAAGGUGUUGAGCGAUGCAGAUUCUUUGUUUCGGGAUCUGGAUUUGCUGUUCUUUGACAGCUGGGCACGUCCUGGUGUUGAUCUUCAACCUGAGAUCACGGACGUUUGUGACAUGUGGAAGCGGAAGCAGCUCAACAGUGGGGAACAUGAGUCACCCCACAUGGCCAUGUGGCUUCAAAGUGUGCUGGAUGAGCUUCAGAAGGUUCUUCAUGCAGAAGCAGGGACUACGGAUGGCCGUAUACAAGGGCAGGCCAACAUCUGGAAACUGCAGCCGCAGAUCGCUGAGAUGUGGCGCUUGCAUUGUGGUGCACCCAUUGCCAUAUCAACAAGCCAGACACAUGAGGUGCCCGACAAGCCUGCAAAAAUGAAAACUCUGACGCCAAAGAAGAGUCCCGUGGCUGACGUUCUGGAGGUCAAGAAGCCUGCAAGGGAAGUCUCGGAUGAUUGGAAACGGAAGGUGGGCCUCGCUGCCGAGUCCCUCUUCCGCGAGUUGGACUCGCUCUUCUUGGACAGCUGGGCUCGCCCCGGUGUGGACUUGCAACCCGAGAUGGCGCAGAUUUGCGAAACUUGGAGACGAGCGCAACAGCGGAAACUGGGGGAUUCGGCCUCUCCCUGCAUUCAGCAUCUAUUGGAGGAGAUACAGAAGGUGCCUCGUGCGGGCGGUGGGGCUUUAGACAUGGACCACGUGCGGCAGCUUCUUGAUGCUUGGCAAAGGACGCGAAGCUCAUCAAAAGCCGCACCACCUGCGGCGGAAGCGAAGAAGCCACCGGAGGGACAGUCAUCCAAGCCGUCUCAGCGACACAAGACUCAGAGUGAUAGGCCUACAGAUGUGCUGCGAGUGAGAAGGCGGCAGGCGCUGCCGCAGGCAGGAAGUAUCCUCAUGAAGGAGUCACGGAAUGAGCCAAACCAGCCACCAAAUCAGCCCCCAAUGCUGGAUUCACUGCUGCAGAGGUGAGAAGCACCGCUGAUUGCGAUCGCCGAUCAGCCCGAGCCGAUGACUGUAAUGCGAAGAAGCCAGAUGGAAAGGGUUCUGUGCGAGAUCUCAGAUGGUGAUGGC